GGGACACGCGCCAAAUAAUUUACAUUCGUUGUGCGCGCGAGUUUGUGAGCAGUUAAAACAAUAUGGCCGUAUUAGUUAAAGUUCUACCCCUGGCGGUUCUGGUGGUGGCAGCUCUCGGCCAGUACGAGGAGUUGGGCGGAAUCGAGAGCCACGGCUUCGAGGGGUACCACGCACACAAACCAGUACUCCACCAACAGCAUCAGAGCUUGGACGGACACCAUGACGAGUACGAUUUGGACUACCAUUCGCAUCCUAAAUACUCUUUCGACUAUUCCGUAAAGGAUCCACAUACGGGAGACGACAAGGAACAUUGGGAAACCAGGGAUGGAGAUAAGGUGAAAGGCACUUACACCCUCCUGGAAACAGAUGGAACGAAACGUGUAGUGGAAUACGAAGCGGAUGACAAAAACGGCUUCAACGCCGUUGUCCACAAGAUCGGCACCCCUAAGGAGCACCAUGAACACGAGGAAUACAAAGCGCCCAUACCAGUCCAUGAAGAGUAUAAGGUACCUUUGCACAAGUACGGACCAGUGCAGUACCAUCAAGACUUCCAAGCUGACGACGGGUUUGUUCCUAUUAGCGGAGGUUUUGAACACUAGUUCUGCAACUACCUAUUAUAGAGUAUAGGAAACCGACAAACUAAAGCUAUAUUUGAGUGAACAAAUCAUAGAAUGCGGACAAAUGGAACAUAUACAGUGAAGUAAUUUAUUACAUUUUUUUAUAAGUAUUAUAAAUUAUACAAUAAUGUACCUCGGAGGUAACUUGUGUCAAGCCACAAAUGAAUAGGUUUACUAGUUUAAUCCAGUGGAACCACGAUUAAUCUAUAUUUGGUUUAAUUUUAUAUUCGAAUCUGUAAAUCCAACUUUUGUUUGUAAAAAGCAACAGUCAAGUCUCUUGCUUGUAACCUUGUUCUUGACUGUAACUGCUUGUUCAAUUGGAUAGUAGAUUAAAAAAAAUAAUUUAGUAGAGUCACAAAAAAUCUGUAAAAACAUUAAUGUUUUUAACAAAAAUAUUCCCAAAAUACAUACUCUACUUUCAUUUUAGGAAAUAAAGUCUUUUAUUUUUUGCAAGUACAAAUUUGAUGUUUAUACAAAAGAAACGACCAUUUCUGAUCCUAGCACUUGAACCUCAUAAAACUGGGUGUAAGAAUAUAAAUUUGACACAAGUUACCUCAAUAUUAAAAGUAAAUCUUCAGCCGUAUUUAUCACUCCCAUGGCUGGCUAUUGAUAAACACUUGACAUUUCUUAUUAAUUUGUUCCGUUAUAAAGUCAUAAGUAAUAAUUAAUUAUUAUUAGUUUACUUUCGCUUAGAAAUAACACUAAAUAGGUUAUAUCUUGUGGAAUCGAUCUCGCUUGUUUUUUUUUUCCUAGUUAUUAUUUUUACCUCGCAUUUUUUGGGGUAACUAGUGGGCGAUCAUUAUUAUUUUCAGUCUAUUUCACCGUAAGUACUCACUCUAGUUACGAUAUCAGAAUUUUGCAAUGCAAUAAUACAUAAAUAUUUUGCAGAUGUGACAUUUUUAUGAUGGGGCGACAUUUACGAGUCGAGUGAAACUAUAUUUCAGUAGGAUUCAAGUCACGCGAUGUAUGCUUAAUAUUUUAUAGUGGUUUUUUUUUUAUUUGAUGGAUGAAAAUGACAUGGUAACCCCGCCUGCGCUAACGGGAUACACUGACGGAGCACCAGUGAAGGUUAAUAGAUGAGAAUGAAAACAGGCCAGUUAGCCCAUCAUGAUGAUUUCAUCAAGAAUUAACCAUGAUAGUUUCCAGGGGGAACCGCGAGGAGGUCGACCUGGUCGGGUAUAUUGUUAGCAAUGGGAUCCUCAGUCUCCGUUACUAACAAUCCCUUUCCCCCCCAGUGGUUUAUAUAUUUGGCAUAUGACAUUUUGGGCAGUUUACUUGCUUAAAUUAAAAAGAAAAAUAAAAUAGAAAAAAAUAUAUAUUAAAUCAAGAUGGAAACACUUAUAAACUCGUCGAAUAAUUUAAAACAGUUUAAUUUACGAUAUUUAUAAAAAUUUAACGGCGUAUUUAAAAAAAGAAAUGACUCGUUUUACGACCCAUUUAGCAGAAACAAUUGUUUAAUAUUAAAAACUGCUCUUAACUGAAUACGGAACCGUAAAUUUUAAUUCGAGCAAACCUUUACUUAUUUCAUAUUUUUCGUAUGCAUGUAUUAAUUACAUACUCAACAACAAUACUCAACACAGCAGAGUCAUUUUCGUUUGAAAAUAUAUUUUUAUACGAUCGUUUUCAUAAAUACAUUGUCAGACUUGAAGUUUCUUUAUUCUCGAUUUAUUUAUUUUAUUUAUUUAUUUAACUCUUUAUUGCACCAGAGACAUAAAAAUAUACAAUGAUAUAUAAACAAUUCAAGUGAAAUACAGUAGCAUAAAGUACAGAUCAAAAUAUAUACAUAAAGGUACAAAAGGCGGUCUUAUCGCUAGGGCAAUCUCUUACAGACAGUCUUUGGUUAAAGGAGAACUAAUAGAUAUGUUGAUUGACAGAGAUAAAUAAUAGCCUUAUGUCCUUUUCCAACCCAUUUAGUACGUAUAUACCAAAUUUCAUAGUGACUGGUUCAGCAGUUAAGACGCUAAGAGGUAACAGACUUUCACAUUUAUAAUAUAUUUUUUUUUUUACAAUGAAAAUAAAAAUAAAGUUACUUUUUAUUGUAUCACAUGUAAAAUUUUAACUAGGUAUUAUUGAAGUUACCUUUAGCUGUAGUUUUUAUCUUUGAACGUUCUACAUUUUAGAUUCACCAUCUCAAAGGUUGACUGUAAGAGAUCUCUCUAUGGAAUAAGUCCGUGUAAGUCAAUGUAAUAUCGUCAUAGUCGUAGAAUACAGACGGAUCUGACAAAGAUUACAUACAAAGAUCCGUCAGUAUUCUACGACUAUGACGAUGUAUGUACAAUAGAGAUUUUACAAUACAAUCCAAAACUCACUAGCAUGUACGCCCCAUAUUGAUUUAGUCAUGUUGAGACGCCGAUAUUUUUUUUUUUGGGAGGGAGUAAACUUCGUCUGUCUGUCAUUAAGUACUAUAUAUACAUUUUUACUAUUUAUUGUGUGCGUAUGUAUGUAUCGCCUCAAAUGUUAAGACUGCGCUGUUGAUCAUGUUACUGCUUUGUUUAUGAGUUUAUAGUAUUAAGUGUUAUAGAAAAUACCU